GGCACAUUCAUUAGGGGUUGAAUUUUUUCUGUCAAACUCUAUUAGUCGAAUGGGUAUGUGAAACAAACUCUGGAGAAGGAUGAAAACCACUCGAGUUUUACUGCACGACAGAGAAAACAAGAAGCCAUCCUCUUUCCAUAAAAUAUGCACGUGGGAACAUCCCAUACCACAUUUUGGAAGUGAAAAACUUCAUGGAUACGACUUCAGUCACAUAAGGCUUCCAAUAGAACAGUUCGAGUUUCACAAAAGAGAAGUCAAACCAACACACAUCUCUCUGCCAACACCACCUGCAUCUCCGGAGUUCUGGGGCACAUCCCUUCAGAAAUGGUAUCAGAAGAAACCCCUGUUCACCUUAACCGCCAAGGGUCAAGUGAAGAGGUUGGAGAAGUAUCUUCAAAUACAGAAAACCUUGGAAAUGUGCAAGAGAGAACACGAUUUCGUAGUUUACAACGACCAUAUGAAACAAGCUUACUUGGAUUUCGAAUUCAGAGAACACCAACCUCUUCUUUACGAAGACAAGGAUUAUUGUUGUAUUUGUCCUUGCAAUUCUUCUAGAAGGCACGACAUCGAUUUCAUACCAGCAGAUUACAUUGCUUGCAGGCCAGCUAAGCCCAAAUUUUGCGUUUGUACCGACGAUGAAGCUUCAAAAAAUGUUCCAAAGAGCGCUACUAAGCCGAAAUUGUACAGGGACAAUUUGUUUGUAAGAAAAUACAUAUAUCCAGGUGAAGAAGGUGAAGAAGAGAAAAUAAUAGCUCGUACAAUAAUAAAAGAAGGGGAAAUGGAUCCCGAUGAUAAAGGUAUAUUCAAAAUCGUUGUGAAGCAGAAGGAACAACCCGAAAAUCAGGAUAGCAAGAAUGUGAGAAUGGAUGAAAACAUCUAUUACAUGACUGAUAAUGUGAAUGCUUUUUCCGAAAUGCCAAAAAAUAAGGUGAAGAGUUCUAGGUCCGGUGUUUCUAGAAUAACGCUAGAUAAUAUAGCUUCUCUUCCUUUCGACUAUAAAAACAUUUACCAGAGAAACUCAAGAAGCAGUAAUAGUUACAAAAAUCCUUGUCCUAGCUGUCAAAGUUAUCAGUUUACUGAUUUGAGCUCUUCUAACGAGUAUGAAGACAAGUAUGAUAUUAACGAGAACUACAUUCUGGAUGUUGAUUCUUCUGAAAUUAAUAAAUGAAUCUCACUCUUUUAUGUCAGUAAACCUUAAAUUCCCAAUGAAUAUCAGAAAAUUUCAAUGAACGUGUCAUUGUAUUCUCUAAGUUGUUUUGAUUCAAUAUACUCCAAGUUGAUAUAAAUUGCUAUAACAUGAAAUAAUAUUGCUUUUUACAUUUUACGUAACCGUUAUUGUCUACGAAAUAAACUAUUUUUCAACCAUC